AUGAGUCACAGCUACAAUUAUCAGUCUCUCGCGAACACCGAUUGCCAUUGCCGAAAAAGAACAGAGGUGGAGCAAGACAUUUGCCAAUUCAGCCAUCGAGAACUAGAGGAACUCAUCGAAGAUGGAAUCCUCCCGGACUGUGCUGAAGAGUGUCUCGACGAAUUAACUGCUCAUAUGGCUCUUGGAGCUGACGGGAUGUUCCUAUGGGCUCGCCUUAUGAUUACAUUUAUCCGAUCUCCCGCACAUUCCCAAAGACAAGAGAAUGAGGAUAUUGCGAGAUAUUGA